AUUUGCGGCCCCAAACGCAUCGGUCUAUAUUUAGUUACCGCUGGAAUCGGUGCUCCUUCAUCUCUUCUUUUGAGUCAUCGCCAUUAAUCUCCACCGUCGAUUUCUCUGUCCUUCUUUUCAGAUAUUUCAGUAGAGCAGAGCUAUAUAGUAAGAAGAAGGAAUUGCUUUCAAUUUUCUUUUAUUUUGGGUUUUUGUUUGUUAGAAGGAGAAAAUGGGAGAAGUCGCUUUGAGUAGUGAAGUGGUUUUUGGGGAGGAAGAAGAAGAAGUGAAGAAGAUUGUGAGAUGGGAGAGUCUUCUUCCUCGUACAUCGCUGGGAGUUCUGUUAGUAGAAGGGGAUGAUUCGACGCGUCAGAUCGUCGCUGCUCUGUUGAGGAAAUGCAAUUACAAAGUUGCUGCUGUUUCCAAUGGCUUAAAAGCAUGGGAAAUUCUGAAGGAGAAACCUCAUAAUAUCGAUCUCAUUCUGACAGAAGUAGACUUGCCCUCAGUCUCUGGAUUUAGCCUUCUUACCAUGAUAAUGGAGCACGAGACCUGCAAAAACAUUCCUGUGAUAAUGAUGUCCUCGCAUGAUUCUAUCAGUGUGGUUUUCAAGUGUAUGCUGGGAGGUGCUGCAGAUUUUCUAGUCAAGCCUGUUAGGAAGAACGAGCUGAGGAAUUUGUGGCAGCAUGUUUGGAGAAGACAAGCUUCGAAUGGUCUCAGGCAUAGGCACCAAGAUGGGAACCAUGUACCAAGGAAAUUCAACACUGCUUCUGACACCAAUGCUGCAAGUAACCACUCAAGUGCCUGUAUGCAGAAAAAUAGGGAAUGCAGUGAAAAAGGCAGCGAUGCCCAAAGCUCUUGUACGAAGCCAGACACGGAAGCUGAAAGUGUGUACGUGCAUAACAUGCAGGAGCUUUUGCAGCCAAAAUGUAGGAAUGCUUCUCUUGUGGUCGAUACAGAAGCACAGAAGCAUGAGACACAUCUUAAGUUGGGUGGAUCAUUGUCGAUUCAUGAAAGUGAAGCUGAAGAUAAAUCGAUGGGACUGAGCUCAGAAAUGGCUCCCUGCAAUCAUGUGAAAAACCCCAGUGAGACCAUCUUACUUGAAAAACAUGCAUGUGUGGCAGGGGACAAGGAAAUGAUCCCCCCAAGAUACAGGGUGGAUGCUAAUAUGGUGAAUGAAACUGAGUACAGUGAUAAGCAAAUCAAACCUUUGAGUGAAGUCAUUGACUUGAUUGAGGCAAUCAAUAAUCAGCCACAAUACAGCUAUCGCCCUCCAGAAAGUACCAUUGGUUGCAGCAUUAUGUUCGACGAUGCAGUAAACUUCUCUGAUGGGAAUGGCAGCAAGUGCCGGUUAGGUUCACUACGAUUGGAACUUUCCUUGAGAGGCUCUGAGCCGAGUGGGUGCAAAAACCAAGAGACUGAGGAAAGGUGUACCUUGAACCAUUCAAAUGCCUCACCCUUUUCUCGGUACAAUAACAGGACAGUGCAGCCCCCUGGCCCCCCUCUUCCAUCACCGACCAGUUUCAACAUCGAAUCCCUAGAAUGUUCUGGGAACUCCCAGAAGCCUCUCCUCAACCAAUCUCCUGGGGCUGCUGCUGGCGUUCACUGGCAUGGGUUGACAAAGAAUGACAGUCAGGAAGAAACUGACCCCGGGGUCAUUGGUCCGGGUCAAGAGAAAACGACAUUUCCAUUUUCUGGACUUGGGGUUGUUCCUGUCCCUGUUCCUUCCACUGGCAUGCCCCUCGAUGGUUUUUAUGCUGGCUAUGGCGCUUUAUUGCCCCCCAUAUUCUAUCAACAAUCAGUUCCUCAAGGGCCACCACCAUGGAGCACAAGUUCAUCCAGCCAGCAGGAAGCCGUCCAUGUGAAUUCAUCUCAUCAAUCCAAUCUUGAAACUCAUGACUCAGAGCAAAAUCAUUAUUCUCAUGAUCAAAUUGCAGACAAACCCAUCUGCCAGGCUGUGCCUGGGCAGGAACAGAACAUGGAAUCUGAACAGGAUCCAGGGCACGUUCUGUCAGCAACUGGUCAAAGCAGAAGCAGCAAUCCAUGCAAUGGUAGCGGAGGCCAUCUUAACAGCAGUGGAUGUGGGAGUGUCUGCAAUGGGAGUAGCAAGAAUGGUGCUGUGGUUGGAGCGGCAUCAGAGAGUGGGAAUGAUGAGGGCCUUUCUGCUCAUGAUGGAGCCACGAUGAAGGAUUAUCAGCGUAUUUCACAAAGAGAGGCGGCCUUGACCAAAUUCCGACUGAAGCGAAAAGACAGAUGCUAUGAGAAGAAGGUUCGGUACCAAAGCAGGAAAAGACUUGCAGAGCAGCGCCCUCGAGUGAAAGGACAGUUUGUUCGCCAAGUGCAACCUGAUCCUCAUCCUGCAUCCAUCGAAAAUGAUAGCUAUCAUUGCGAUUUGUUGGCCGCAUAGUUUCACAUUCCAACAAAUACAUUCUAACCCCCCCAUUGUUGACAAUCUUGGACCCCAACUAUUGAGCUGAACUGUCUGUGAGAUCUCAGACUAUGCUAUUCAAAUUACCCGUGUUUACUCUCUUUCAAUGUCUUACAAGAUUCAGGGUGCUCUGCUUGACAAAAUGUUAUCUUCUGUGAAUUGGAAGCUUAAGGUGGCAUGUUUGGAUGCACUAGUGAAUUGAAUUGCAAUUUAAUUCGGUGGUGCAUGAUCCAGACACGCCUCAAAGUAUCAGUAUCAUCUCUCUCAAGAAAUAUAGGGUGGUGUGAGAUACAGGGACAAUUAACUUACUCUUCGCCAUGUUGCUUUUCGAGUGUCGAUUUUACUUUAUUUUGAUGUAAAUAGGCAUGAGUUUUGUAACAGAGUAACCACACUAGCAAUGUAUGUCUCUCUUUCUAUUCA